AGAUCACAAGAAAUACUACUCCAGCCUACCGAACGCCAGAAAUGAUUGACCUUUAUUCCAACUUCCCCAUCAAUGAGAAACAAGACAUCUGGGCUCUUGGGUGCAUUCUUUACCUGUUGUGUUUCAAGCAACAUCCAUUUGAAGAUGGUGCCAAACUGCAAAUAGUCAAUGGGAAAUACACCAUCCCACAGAAUGAUGCCAAAUACACUGUGUAUCAUGAACUAAUUCGUUCCAUGUUGAAGGUGAAUCCAGAGGAGCGUCUGUCAAUCACAGAGUUAGUUAACCAGCUUCAGGAAAUAGCAGCUGCACGAAACGUCAACCCUAAGUCUCCUAUUACAGAGCUGCUGGAACAGAAUGGAGGCUUCGGUAACAAUGGAGCUCAGCCACCCGCACAGAUCCACAAUGUCCACAACAACGCAGGCAUAUAUGAUCCUGACCAGGCAGGGAGUGGUCUUCUGGACAUUUUGAGAGGAGGGACCGAGCGCUUCCUCACCAACAUUAAGGAUACAUCAUCUAAGGUCAUCCAGUCAGUUGCAAGCUAUGCCAAAGGAGAUUUGGAUAUUUCCUACAUUACCUCCAGAAUAGCAGUGAUGUCAUUCCCAGCUGAGGGGGUGGAGUCAGCCAUAAAGAAUAACAUAGAGGACGUGCGCUUGUUCCUGGAUUCUCGUCACGCCGGUCACUAUGCUGUGUACAACCUUUCCAAACGCUCCUAUAGACCCUCGCGAUUCCACAACAGGGUGUCAGAAUGUAACUGGCAGUUGCGUCGUGCCCCCAACCUCCGAAGUCUCUACAGUGUCUGUAAAAACAUGCACCUGUGGCUGAAACAAGACCAGAGGAACAUUUGUAUAGUUCACUGUUUGGAUGGCCGAGCAGCGUCUGCGGUCGCAGUCUGUUCCUUCCUCUGUUUCUGUCGCCUUUUCUCCACAGCUGAAGCUGCUGUUUACAUGUUCUCAAUGAAACGCUGCCCACCUGGAAUCGCUCCUUCUCACAAGAGGUAUAUUGAAUACAUGUGUGACAUGAUGGCAGAGGAGCCCAUCAUUCCCCACAGUAAACCCAUAGUCAUUCACUCCAUUGUAAUGACGCCUGUGCCACUGUUCAACAAACAACGCAAUGGGUGUAGGCCAUUUUGUGAAGUUUAUGUAGGAGAUGAGCGUGUGCUCACUACAUCUCAAGAGUAUGACAGAAUGAAAGAUUACAAAAUAGAGGAUGGAAAAGCUGAAAUUCCUCUUAAUGUGACAGUCCAAGGAGACGUGCUGGUUGUGAUCUAUCAUGCAAGGUCCACACUGGGAGGACGUCUACAGGCCAAGAUGGCUUCCAUGAAAAUGUUCCAAGUUCAGUUCCACACAGGAUUUGUCCCUAGAAAUGCAACCACUGUGAAGUUUGCAAAAUAUGACUUGGAUGCAUGUGACAUUCAGGAGAAAUACCCAGAUUUGUUCCAGGUCAACCUGAACAUUGAGGUUGAACCAAGAGAUCGACCAACCACCAAGACUUCCCCAUGGGAGGGCUUCCAGACCAAGGGCCUAAAUCCUAAAAUCCUUUUCUCCUCUCGAGAUGAACAACAGGAGAUCCUCAGCAAAUUUGGUAAACCAGAGCUCCCUCGACAGCCUGGAUCCUCGGCCUUUUAUGAUUCUGAAUCGCCACCGACAGCUCAAACCCCUGACAGCUCAAACACUACAGAAAUCGAGUCUCCUGCAAGCACAGACACCAAUGCAAACAACUUCUUCCAAACUCUUGACUGGGAAGAUGCUUCCAGUCGCCAUGAUGACGGUCAAACAGGUGAAUCCUACAAUGACCAGGACACUCUGAGUGACCAGUCUGAUGGAGAGUCCGUGUCCUACUCUGCUCCAAGUGGAGAGCCCUUGUCACGAGACACAAGUGAACCACUCUUUGAUGCUGACUUUCAGAUGCACCCUCCUCCUGCCCAGGAACCUGCCUCAGAUACAGCUGACCUCUUGGGAUUAAACUCUGACCCUGUCUCCUCAUCCUCUGGUCCCCACUCUGCAGCACAAAGUGGCAUGAAAGCCGCCUCCAGCAACAGUGACCUCCUUAAUGACUUUUUUGCUCCCCCUCCUGGAAGCUCAGGAGCAGUGCAGGAAGAUUUGUUUUUUAGUGGAACCCCCCAAGACACAAAACCCAUGAGUGACUUGUUUGAUCCCUUUGGAAUGGGCUCUAGCUCUAGUGCAGCCUCCUCUCGUCAGGAGUCUGGUCCAGACCUGUUUGAAAACCUCAUGGGUUCUGAGAGUUCUACCACCAGUGGAUUCAGCUCAGCUCACAGUAAUGCUGCACCAGCCUCCAACACUAGUCUCUUCAACCUUAACAAAUUAACAAAUGACACCCCUAAAAUGACAUCUUCAGCCAGUCAGCCUGACCUCCUGGGAGGCUGGGACAGCUGGGCCUCGAGUGGUUCUACUGGCAUGGGCUCCUCAUCUAGCAAACCUAACUAUACAAACACAGCAUCUGGUGUCUCAUCUAUGUCAAAGGCAAAGUCCCAGACAUUUGAUCCUUUUGCUGACCUGGGAAAUUUAGGCUCCAAUUUACCUGGUUCUUCAAGCAGUAAUUUUUCUGGCUCCUCUUUCAACUCAAAACCUGCCCCUUCAUCCUCUUCAUCUUCAACUAAACCCCCAAAUCAGUCGUGGCACCCGGGGAGACCUGCUCCAGCCCAAAACAAAACCUGGAUGCCAUCAUCGGGGUCUGCAUCCAUUCCCAAGCCCCCUCCAGCUCCACAGCCCUCCAAACCCAACUACAACCUCAACUUCUCCAGUGUCAUUGGAGGAAGAGAGGAUCGGGGUCUGCGGGGGCAUGGCUUUGGUCCCAAGCCAAAAGUGAAAGAGGAUGACUUUGAGGACUUGCUCUCAACUCAGGGUUUUGCUUCUAAACUUGACAAAAAGGGUCCAAGGACUAUAGCUGAGAUGCGAAGACAGGAGAUGACAAAAGAAAUCGAUCCACUCAAAUUACAGAUUCUGGACUGGAUUGAGGGGAAGGAGCGAAACAUCCGCGCUCUGUUGUCCACUCUCCACACUGUGUUAUGGGAGGGGGAGACGCGCUGGAAGCAGGUGGGCAUGGCAGAUCUGGUCACUCCAGAUCAAGUCAAAAAGUACUACAGGAAGGCUGCGUUGGUCGUCCACCCAGACAAGGCAACUGGUCAACCGUAUGAGCAUUAUGCAAAAAUGAUCUUUAUGGAACUAAAUGAUGCCUGGUCAGAGUUUGAAAACCAAGGAUCAAAAGCCCUGUUUUAAGAAAGUGGCCAGGAUCCGUGGCAGACCAGACUGGACUGGUCUGGGCCCAAUGCACAUUUGACAAAGGGUUAGACUGAGCCCACAUUGGGCCAUAGGGGUGAGCCUCUGGGAGGUGUCCUCUCUACAUUCCCUUAAUCCCCUGGUCACAUUUCUCUGCAAUUUCUUCACAAAAGGGAAAUGUGUGCUGCCUAAAUGUGGAGAUUAUUAUGGACAUUAUAGUUUCUGCCCACAGACAUGGCAGUUAGUGUAAACUCACUGCCUUCUUUUACAAAGGCUUCAGCGGUGCUGCAAAAACAAUGGCAAGACCAAGUGGACAAUCAAAGGUUAAAAAAAGAAAAACAUAAUUUUAGCAGUGACUGAAGCAAAACAAAGAUUUUUACAUAAACAGACAGCGGGUAGAUGAAUCUGGUUUCUCAUGCACUCCAUUGUGAUAUUGUCCAAUAGCUUUUGACUGGAGACACCAAUUACUUGGCUGUGCAAUCUUCAGCAUGCAAUCACACACUUGAUUACUUAACAAAACCUUAAUAUGAUCAUCAAAGAAAAUCAAAUAUUGAAGAGUGGUCAAAGCAAAAGUGUUUUCUCUUGCCUCAAAUGCUGAAGGAAGAAAGGAUUGGUGCUGAUAAGUUCCAUGAAUAUAUUAAAGUGCCACUCCUGCACCUUUUUGAAGGUAACUCCUGUUGGGGUUUAUUUUUGAAGCCUGUCCAACACUACAGCACUACUACUGCUUCUGAUGUUUCAGCUCAAAUUCCAGUCUAAACCUGCAUCCCCAGCUUCUGGUCUGUGAAUGGGAAGCUGCACUUGUUUUCGGAGCCCAGUAUAAUCCUAUGUUUGCCGUUGUUUUGAAGUGCUCUUUUUAUUCUGUGUUAAAAAUGUUGUCCCUAAUGUGAACUGCAUGCUGUUACACACCAAAGCCUCUGAGCAAAGGAGAGGUGUGUUUAAACCAUACCAGGGUAGUCCCACAUGGGCCAGCUCUCACAUUCAAGUGCUCUUUCCUUGUAGCAGAAAACGUCUACCAGCUCAGUCAGGCUUCUGCUUUGACUGGCAUAUAGUAUCACAGCAGCCCAUGUUUUUAGUGAGGCCUGCUAUUUACAGUGCAGUGCAGAGUUAUAUGUGAUCAAAUGAAGGACAAUGGACAAUUUACAUUUCUCUACAUUUUUAUUAUCAUCAUUAUUUGAUUCAUUAUGGCUAUUUUAUGUCUUGAUCAUUAAACUACAGUGUAAAUAGAAAACACCAUGCAUCAAGGCUCUGUUUGGAUUCCAGCUUGGACAGAUGAUUGGGUCCAGAGCUCCAUCUGACAGUGUGAAUGUGCUCAAUGUGUGAGAGGACCUUCAGGGCAAGAUAAUUAAACCUUUUUAGGCAUCACAGUUCUUUUGUGUGCACUUUUCAAUCCUUAUUUUUGCAAACACGCGUAUAUUCAUUUUGUAUUUCCAUUGGUAUUCUAUAUUUUAUUCUAUAUAUUUUACCUCAUGGACCAAUCAAUCUAUCCACUUUCUUAUUUAUUAUGUUUUGGGUGGGGGUAGUGGGUCAUGGAGAUGUAUUGAUGAACAAGAUAAUUACAGAUAAUAUAUAACAUGGAAUCACAUUGAAUUUCUGUGUUUCAUUCCAAAGCAUCUAUUAUGGACAAGAAUGUGCUUUUACUCUUAAUAUAUCUUCUCUGUUGGUAUCCUGUGUCUUUAUCAUUUGUGUAGUCUAUAGGUAUUUGUCUUAUUCAUAUGAUUAAGUUUAGCAUUGAGUUGAAAUUCCAACAUGAGGGGCCAGUGAAUUCAAGUUUGAUUAUUCUAUUAAGGAUGAGAUUUGAAAAUGACUCAUUGGCAGUGUUUACUGUACCAAAUUACAUUGUACUAAUAUGAAUGUAAAUUUCAAUGCAAAAACAAAGAAUUAAUUAAAAUAUUUGAUCUGA